UAGUUUACAAAGCGCCUGAAGCAAGAGGAUGACUACAGUAGAGAAGAGAGUGAUAUAAUAAAAGCAAAUAGAGUGAAGAGAACAAUGAAGGAUUGCUUAUCCAGCUGUGAGAAAGGAGAAGAGGAAGCCAUGAGGCUUCUCUGUCUGCUGCAGCUGGUCUGUUUGGUUGGUUGUAGUGAUUCCAGGAGAAGAGACUGGGCUCAUCAUGGCGCCCCCAUGUUUGCCGACCUCACAGUCCAUGAGAUAAAAGCUGUCCGGGCCUACCUGCAUGGUAUUCCAGAGCUGGACCUUACUGAUGCUCGUAGCAAGACUCUACAGAAGAACAGCAUCCUCCUGAUUGAACUCCAUCUGCCAAAGAAACAUGAAGCCCUGAGAGCUCUGGACCGUGGACAGGCCAAACCCCAACGCCAAGCCCGUGUAGUCAUCCAGUUUGGGAAAAAGACCAAACCCAGCAUCACUGAGUACAUUGUCAGUCCUCUGCCCUCCCCAAAUUCUCAUGUAGUCAAGACCUUCAAGGGGGACAGGCCUAUUCGGUUUGAGUCAAGGCCUAUUACUGCUGCAGAGUAUGAACAUAUGCAUGACAUCCUCGUGAAGAUCACAACCAAAGCUCAUAAGCUUCUGUUUGAGACCACAGGAGGGUUUUCCUUCACUAACUGCUCUGACCACUGUCUGACGUUCUCUGACAUAGCCCCCCGCGGGCUGGGUCCAGGUGAGAGGAGAACCUGGAUUAUGUUGCAGAAGUCUGUGGAGGGUUAUUUCAUCCACCCAGUUGGGUUCGAGGUACUGGUCAAUCAUCAGGACCUGGACCCCGAAAGGUGGACUGUCGAGAAGGUCUGGUACAACAGCAAGUACUUUGACAGUGUUGAGGAACUGGUAGAAAAAUAUGAAUCAGGAGAUGUGGAGAGGGUCAAACUGCCCGAACAUAACGCCGAUGACCUCUACUCCACCUACAUCCCCCGGGGUCACAGCAACACUCCCACCAAUAUCCAUGGGCCAAAGCUUGUGGAACCUCAAGGGCCUCGCUAUCAAGUUGACCACAAUUUUGUCGAAUACUCUGGAUGGUCUUUCGCCUACCGAGUUCGCUCAACAGCUGGGCUUCAAGUCUUUGACCUCCGUUUCAAUGGAGAAAGAAUUGCCUAUGAGAUCAGCCUCCAAGAAGCUAUUGCCUUCUACGCUGGUGAUACUCCUGCUGCCAUGCAAACAAAGUAUAUUGAUGCUGGCUGGGCAAUGGGCAGCUCAACAUAUGAACUUGCGCCUGGAAUUGACUGUCCAGAAAUUGCCACCUUCGUUGACCUUUACCACUACUUUGACACAGACAAACCUGUGCUCCACAAAAAUGCACUCUGUAUUUUUGAGAUGACCACUGCUAUGCCUCUGAGAAGGCAUUUCAACUCUAACUUCAAGGGGGGGUACAACUUCUACGGGGGUUUGGAAAACACUGUGCUGGUGUUGCGGACGACCUCAACGGUUUACAACUAUGAUUACAUCUGGGACUUCCUAUUCUACCAGAAUGGGGUGAUGGAGGUAAAGGUCAGCGCCACUGGAUACAUCCACGCCACUUUCUUUACACCUAAUGGACUUCACUAUGGUACCAAGGUGUAUAACUAUGUGCUGGGUAACCUGCACACACACCUAAUCCAUUACAAAGUGGACCUGGAUAUUGCUGGUCGAGAGAACAGCUUUGAGUCAUUAGAUCUGAAAUUUGUCAACUUCACAAAUCCCUGGAGCCCGAGGCAUUUCAUCGUCCAGUCCAAACUCCACAAGACAGAACACAAGACUGAGCGAUCUGCUGCUUUCCGCUUUGGCAAAAAGUUCCCUCGCUAUGUGCACUUUUACAACCCAAAUGAGAAAAAUAAAUGGGGGCAGCAGAAAGGUUACCGAAUUCAGUUCAACUCACAUGCCCACAGUGUCCUUCCAAGAGGCUGGAGAGAAGAAAAUGGCAUCAGUUGGUCAAGGUACCCUCUGGCUGUGACUCGUCAUCGAGAGAGUGAAGCCACCAGCAGCAGCAUUUACACCCAGAAUGACCCCUGGGAACCUGUUGUGUCCUUUGAGGACUACAUCCGCAACAAUGAAGACAUAGUCAACCAGGACCUGGUUGCCUGGGUGACAGUCGGCUUCCUGCAUGUGCCUCACUCUGAAGACAUCCCCAACACAGCGACACCUGGCAACGCAGUGGGCUUCUUCCUCCGACCCUUCAAUUUCUUCGAUGAAGACCCUUCGCUGGCAUCCCGAAGCACCGUCAUUGUCCGGCCAGGCCAGGAUGGCAAACCAAAGGUCCAGAGAUGGACGCCUGAGGUCAUAGGUCACUGUGUGACAAACAAGCCAUUCUUUUACAAUGGCACUUAUGCAGGAGUCUAGAGGUGUUUCAGGGUUUUGCCAAAAGGUAUUUUAGCAUAAAUAUAAUUUUGCUCCAUUAAAUUGUACAAGCUCAGAUUAAUAACAAUUCCUUGAAUUAUAUAAAGUCAGAUUUAUUGUCAGUAAUGUAUGUGGCAGCAUUAUGAGAAACAACAAACCCAUGUAAAAAAAAAAUUUAAAAAGAUGAUUUUGUGAACCUUUCUCAUAAAUUAUGCUUCUCAAAGCUGGUCAUAUAUAACUUAGGUUAUAGAGGUAGAGUGAGAGUCUACACGUUGCACUAACAAUUUUCCACUCAUGUCUGACUUAUUUGCUGUCUCUCUCCAAUCCUGCUGCAUCAAAUUAAGGGGGUGGGGGGGUCCAAUAAUCCUGUGUUGGGUCUCCGUGGCUGAGGUUUAGCAGCAGCAAGCAUCCAGGAUGCAGGAUGCUCUCUAUCCGCCCUACUGGGUGUAAACUGCUCUGCUCGCCUCCCCGGAGGGAAUGUUUUUGCUGUGCAGACAACAGGCCUUACAAAGCAAACAGCCUGAUUCCGGAUCCUUCCCCGCAAACAGUCCAGGAUACCUGGCUGCGCCGUCGCCCCUGGAAACUGAUCUUUACAUACAGUGUGACAGAAUGUACAAAACACAUGUAACUGCUUUGUCCUUUAUGCACACAUUCCUGACAUAGCCAUGUCACGUAUGUUUUUUCAUGUAUGUUUUUUAUUUGAUGAUUGAAACUUUUCUGUAUUAAACAAUAAUCAAUAAACAAAG